AGAGAUUCCACAGAGUCUGGAUCCAACAAAGUCCAGGUCCUACAGAACACAGCCCCAAAGAAUACAGGUCCACAGAAGUAUUCAUUGCUUGACUGUCCUGGAAGUCAGACAUGGAGGAAGACAGUAAGAGUCAUGUGACAGCUGGGGUUAACCUUCCAAUGGAAGAAAGCAAAAAGAAUGAACAGCCAAUGAAGGGGCAAGCGGCUGGGUCAGACAUGAUCUACACCAUCGAAGACAUCCCACCGUGGUACCUGAGUAUACUCCUGGGACUACAGCAUUACCUGACCUGUUUUAGUGGCACUGUGGCAGUGCCCUUUCUCCUCGCCGAGGCCAUGUGUGUCGGGCAAGACCAGAACACCAUCAGUCAGCUCAUCGGAACCAUUUUCACCACUGUCGGUAUCACAACCCUGAUCCAGACCACUCUGGGAGUCAGACUACCUCUUUUUCAGGCAAGUGCAUUUGCCUUCCUGAUCCCUGCUCAGGCCAUCCUCAGUCUUGACCGCUGGAAGUGUCCCAGUGAGGAGGAGGUUUAUGGGAACUGGAGUCUUCCACUGAACACAGCACACAUUUGGCAGCCCCGCAUCAGAGAGAUCCAGGGGGCCAUCAUUGUGUCCAGUACUGUGGAGUUGGUUGUCGGUCUGUGUGGGUUGCCAGGUCUGUUGCUUGAGUUCAUCGGCCCGCUCACCAUCACUCCGACUGUCUCUCUGAUUGGACUCUCCGUGUUCACCACAGCUGGGGACAGAGCCGGGUCCCACUGGGGGCUGUCCGCACUGUGUAUUCUGCUCAUCGUGCUGUUUGCUCAGUACCUGAGAUCAACAUCAAUUCCUGUUCCCAUGUACAGCAGGAAGAAGGGACUGACCACCACCCGGGUCCAGAUCUUCAAAAUGUUCAAUAUCAUCCUCGCCAUCAUGCUUGUUUGGCUCGUCUGCUAUGUUUUUCACUCUGACCAAUCUGUUGCCAAGCACCCUGACCGCUAUGGACACAAGGCCCGGACAGAUGCUCGCGGUGACAUCAUGACGUCUGCACCCUGGUUCAGAGUACCAUAUCCCUGCCAGUGGGGGUUGCCUGUGGUACAGUUGCUGGUGGUGUUGGGGAUGCUGAGUGCAACCAUGGCAGGCAUCGUGGAGUCGAUUGGUGAUUACUACGCUUGUGCUCGUCUCUCUGGAGCCACGCCCCCUCCAGUCCAUGCCAUCAACAGGGGAAUCUUCACUGAGGGACUCUGCUGUAUCAUCGCCGGACUUCUGGGCACAGGAAAUGGCUCCACCUCCUCCAGUCCAAAUAUAGGUGUCUUGGGCAUCACUAAGGUGGGCAGCAGGCGGGUGGUGCAGUACGGAGCAGGAAUCAUGUUCCUGUUGGGAUCAGUAGGAAAGUUCACGGCUCUGUUUGCUUCGCUGCCAGACCCGAUCCUCGGAGGAAUGUUCUGCACGCUGUUUGGUAUGAUCACAGCUGUCGGUCUGUCUAACCUUCAGCUGGUGGAUUUGAACUCGUCCAGAACUUUUGUUCUUGGGUUCUCGAUGUUCUUUGGCCUGACAUUGCCCGCAUACCUGGAUGCACACCCCAAAUCCAUCAAAACAGGGGUUUUAGAGUUGGAUCAGAUCCUGACGGUUCUUCUUUCCACUGAGAUGUUCGUUGGAGGGUUUUUGGCAUUCUGUCUUGACAACACAAUACCAGGGACCAGACAGGAGCGAGGUCUGGUGGAGUGGCGGUCUUCGUCCUCCUCCUCAUCCUCCUAUGAUCUUCCUCUGGGGAUGGGUUUGGUGAGGCGGACUCGCUGGCUCAGGCGAUUUCCAAUCAGCCCCUCUUUCACAGGUUAUCGGGCGACAGAGGAGGGGGAGGGGGGUGAAGAAGGGGAGGAGGCUACUGACGUCACCCAGUCCAGUACCAAGGUGUGACUAUGAUGUCAUCAGUGGGAAUCAAACCUGUGAAGUUAUUUUCCUGAGCUGUGUAUAGAUCCUGAAAAUGAUUGACAGUUGAUGCUGCGUUCACUGACCCUCAGAAAAGAAGCUGCUUCCUGAAGUGAAGGUUUAAACUCACAUUAAAAUCGAUUUUACACUAGCCGCAGCUCUUAUGAGUGAAAAUUUAAUUUGAUCAUUAGCAUUACUCCUAACAUGAACCCAAUGAUUUAAAUGAACACGAGGAAUUAUUACCACAUUAUUGCACCUUAAAGGUACAGUGUGUAGAGAUAGGAAUAUUUACUGAUAUCUCAUACAUACUACAUACUGUACCUUUAAAUACUACACACUGCACCUUUAAAUACUACACACUGCACCUUUAAAUACCAUAGCAACAACUCCACUGUAGAGGAGAGCUAUCCAUCCAGGUACUCUGGCCUGAACAUAUGGCUCCUCCCCCUUUUGGGUUAUAGCAGUCUGUCUUCACUGAGUGGUGGUGAAUAGAAACAUCUAGCUGUUUGUCAGUGUAACAGCCUGAAAUAAGAAAAGCGUCCUCUUCUGCUGAGAGCCCAAAUCUAACAUCCACUCAGGCAAACAGAUAUCAGGACUUUGUGAUCAGCCAUUAAUGAUGUGACAUUUACAAACAAUCAGAGUUAAAGGGUUUACAUGGGAGUCCUCGCCAUCCAUCCCACCAAUGACCACAUCCUGUGAGACUGGAGGUGUCAUAAACCCACAUCACAGAACUGUGAGCUGUAAAGUCACACAUCACCAGGAUGCCAUCAGUACACUGAUUCACGAACACGUGACCUGACAGGACAGGUCAGCUCUGAGAUGAGCUCACGUAAAGCAGAAACAAAAAUGAGAUGUGAGGAGGAAACUUUGACAAGAAUCAGGGACAGUCUGCAGCUGCUGCUGUUACAAAGUGCUGUGAACACAGCCUGACACCUGAACACUCAACUACAGUUUACCAAGUUCAUCCUCUGAGGACCACAGGGCUUCACUUCCCCGUCCUUUGAGGACCACAGAGCUUUACUUCUGAGGACCACACACUUCACUUCCCUGCCUUUCAGGACCACAGGGCUUCCUUGUCCUCUGAGGACCAUGCGGUAAACAUGUGACAUUAUCACAGACACCAUGACCUUCACAGAGGAUCCUGUUUCUGCUUUGUUAUAUUUUGACUUUGAACGGCGUAGAUCAAGAGUUUGACCUCUGUUACCAUGGAAACCUGACGAUGUUUUAACCCCACAGCAGACUGACUGCUAAAAUGCUCCAGAAACAGUCAAGUUGUUCUUUGUGUUUUUAUUUCUAAUGUCAAAAAUAAAAAGUUUUCAUUCAUGGCAUCAAAAAUAGAAACAAUUUUUAUUUGUAACAUCAACAAAUGAAGUGUUUUUAUCACAAAAGUGCAAACAGACAGUUUGUGACA